CAAAAUUGCAAAUUACCGAACCAAAAGGAUAAAAUCCAAACAAAAGCUACACAAGAAUAUGCUUCGGUUCCGAGCCUGUCCAUGUGACCGUUGCACCAAACCUAGAUUUAAAUUUCGCCUCACCUCAACACAAAUCCCAAACCUAAACCCAAAACACAACCUCUCCUUUUGUUUUCAAAGAUUUGAAUCAAAUCAAGAAAUGGUAUCAAAAACAAAGAAGAAAACACCAACCAAAUCAAUCAAAGACAUUAACAAGCGUCGCUGGCGCCGGAAAACUCCCAUUAAAAAUGUCGUAGCGGCUUCCUCCGCCGUUAUUUCCUCCAUCCACCGCCGCAUCACCAAACUCCUCUCUAAAUUGGGAAUCACACGAAUCAGUUCAUCUCGCAAAAGAAACAGCUACAAAAUCCUCAAGAAAACAACAACCACACAUUUCAAUUUCCAACAACAAACUUCAUUAGACACCGUUUGCAAAACCCUCUUCUUCGAAGAUAACGAAGCUUCGCUUCUUCCACCUUCUCUUUUAAAUCGCAAAACCGUUUUCCUUGACCUAGACGAAACCCUAGUUCACUCCCAAACAUUUCCCCCACCGGAAAGUUUCGAUUUCGUCGUCAAGCCGAUCAUCGACGGCGAACCGAUGGAUUUCUACGUCGCGAAGCGUCCUGGAGUAGACGAAUUGUUGGAAUCUCUGGCUUCGAAAUUCGAGGUGGUAGUUUUCACCGCUGCGCUUAAGGAGUACGCUUCUUUGGUUUUAGACCGGCUCGACCGGAACCGGUUCAUCUCGCACCGGCUUUACCGAGACUCGUGUCGGAAUGUUGAUGGGAAGCUCGUGAAGGAUUUGUCACUUGUGGGUAGGGAUCUGAAACGGGUUGUUAUUGUGGAUGAUAACCCGAACUCGUUUUCCCAUCAACCCGAAAACGCUAUUCUAAUUCGACCUUUUGUUGAUGAUAUUUGUGACAGGGAGCUUUGGAAAUUGAGAAGCUUUUUUGAUGGGUCCGAUUCAUUUGAUGAUAUGAGAGAUGCUGUGAAACAUUACAUCGCUGAGAAAGAACGACGUUAACAAUAUUAUUUGUUUGGUUUAUUUUUUAAAUUUCUUAUAUGAUGUCUGUAUUGGUGAAAGAAUGAAGUUUGUUGAACAAUGAAUUGUUCAAUUGUUUAGUGAUGAUAAGAUAGAAAGAAAACUGAAAACAGGGGUAAUGUAAUGUUCUGCAUUACUGUAUUGGUACUCAUUAUUUUUGUUGAACUUCAAUUGUUCUCUUAAUUGGGUGUAUUAUGGUUUUAUUUUAUUUUUAAAUCAGAAAGAAAUCGAAAACUAAAGUAUUGUUUACCAGUUAAA